ACUACAAAUCCCAGCAGCCCUGCAUCUCCUGGGCAAGCAGCCAAUGAGAAACAGUGUUUGCAAAGGGCUAGGUUGACGUCUGCUGUCAGCGCUCCCUGGUUUGUAAAGUGCCGCUGAUUGUCCCGAAGUUCACCGUGUCUGUGGCUUCGGAGAGCACUGACUCAUCCGCUGUAAAUGGAUGCGAUACUGAACUACAGGCCGGAGGGCAGUGAGGACUACUACGCGUUACUGGGAUGCGAUGAGCUCUCCUCGGUUGAGCAAAUCUUGGCAGAAUUUAAGGUCAGAGCCCUGGAAUGUCAUCCUGAUAAGCAUCCUGAAAACUCCAAAGCUGUGGAGACAUUUCAGAAAUUGCAGAAGGCAAAGGAGAUUCUGACCAACGCUGAGAGUCGAGCCCGCUAUGACCAUUGGCGGAGGAGCCAGAUGUCGAUGCCCUUUGAGCAGUGGGAAGCUUUGGCGGACUCGGUGAAAACUUCAAUGCACUGGGCUGUGAGGAGUAAGAAAGACUUGAUGCUGGAAGGAACCGGCCAGGCUUUUGCCAACACAGUUCAAAGCAAGGACCGGAGUGAACAAAGAGAAACACAGAGAGGGGACCCGGAUGCAACCACAGGGAAAACGACGCAAAAGAAACCCGAGUCCCCAGAGAAGGGCAUCUCCCCUCAAAACCCGGACUCUCCAGGUGUCUCGGGUUCAAGCUGUGGCCGCCUCCGUUUCCGCUGGUCUGGAGACGCUCCCUCAGAACUCCUGAGGAAGUUCAGAAACUAUGAAAUCUGAAGUGUUGCUGCUCUGUGAGAGAGGGAGGAGGAUGAGACCUUCAUGUGUGCUGCCAAAGUGUGUCUUUGUUCAUAUCUUA